AUGGGUCAGAAGUCGAAAGACACGCUGGCCGUUCGGCCCCAGAGCCGCUCGGGCAAGCGCUCGCCCAGUCGCUCGCCGAGACCCAACAAUCGCAAGCCGGUGAAAACCUCCAGCUAUGCAUCGGAUGGCGUCAAGGACUAUGACAUUCUCAACCUCCCUGCCUCGGAUUAUAAGCUGCUCACGCUGGUGACGCUAAUUGCCGCGGCUGUGCGUCUGUUCCGUAUCUACCAGCCCACCAGCGUUGUCUUCGAUGAAGUCCACUUCGGUGGAUUCGCGACCAAGUAUAUUAAGGGACGUUUCUUUAUGGAUGUACACCCGCCGCUUGCCAAACUGCUGAUUACGCUGGCUGGCUGGCUGGCCGGCUUCGAUGGCGAAUUCGACUUCAAGGAUAUUGGCAAGGACUACAUUGAACCCGGUGUGCCGUAUGUGGCAAUGCGCAUGCUGCCCGCCAUCAUGGGUGUCCUGACCGUUUCCUUGAUGUUCCUGACACUCAAGGCCACUGGCUGCCGCUCUUCGACCGCCGUGACGGGUGCUGGUGUCGUUAUCUUCGAAAAUGCGCUGACCACCCAAUCGCGCCUGAUUCUUUUGGAUUCGCCGUUGAUCUUUUUCACUGCUCUUACCGCACUGACAUUCACCUGCUUCUCCAACCAGCAAGAGUUGGGCCCGUCCCAUGCCUUCAAGGGCCCCUGGUGGUUCUGGUUGGUUGCCAGUGGUCUCUCCUUGGGUGCUACACUCAGCGUCAAGUGGGUCGGUCUCUUCACCAUGGCUUGGGUUGGAUCCCUCACCAUUAUCCAAUUAUGGGUGUUGCUCGGUGACUCGAAGACUGUCACACCGCGGCUUUGGUUCAAGCACUUUACCUCCCGUGUGUUCUGUUUGAUUAUCAUCCCCAUUGGAUUUUACAUGGCCAUGUUUGCCAUCCACUUCCUCUGCCUGGUUAACCCUGGCGAGGGCGAUGGUUUCAUGUCUUCCGAGUUCCAGGCCACUUUGAACUCCAAGGGUAUGCAGGACGUUGCGGCCGAUGUCGCGUUCGGUUCCCGAGUCAGCCUUCGUCACCUGAACACUCAGGGUGGUUACCUGCACUCUCACAACCACAUGUACCCCACUGGCAGCAAGCAGCAACAGGUCACUCUCUAUCCCCACAAGGAUGACAACAACCUCUUCAUCAUGGAGAAUCAGACCCAGCCUCUGGGUCCCUACGGAGAGGUUGAGGGCCCGUGGGCUUGGGAUAACCUGACCACCAGCAACAUCGAAGAUGGAUCGCUCAUCCGCUUGUAUCACCAAAUCACCCACCGACGUAUUCACUCUCACGACGAGCGCCCCCCGGUGACCGAGGCUGACUGGCAGUUUGAAGUCUCUGCCUAUGGAUACGAAGGAUUCCCCGGUGACGCCAACGAUCUGUUCAAGGUUGAGAUUGUGAAGUCCAUGUCCGACGGCGAGGAGGCCAAGAAGCGCCUGCGCACCAUUCAAACCAAGUUCAGGCUGGUUCACGUCAUGACUGGAUGUGUUCUCUUCUCCCACAAGGUCAAGCUUCCAGACUGGGGUUACGAACAACAGGAAGUGACCUGUGCCAAGGGAGGUACUCUCCCUAACAGCAUCUGGUACGUCGAGGACAACACCCACCCUGCGAUGCCCGCAGACGCCGAGAAGGUGAACUACCGUAAUCCGGGCUUCCUGGGUAAGUUCUGGGAGCUGCAGAAGGUGAUGUGGACAACCAAUGCCGGCCUGGUUGAGUCUCACGCCUGGGAUUCUCGCCCUCCGUCUUGGCCCACUCUCCUCCGUGGUAUCAACUUCUGGGGCAGGGACCACCGUCAGGUUUACCUUCUGGGUAAUCCCCUCAUUUGGUGGAGUUCUACCCUGGCUAUUGCUAUCUACGUUGUCUUCAAGGGCAUUGCGGUCAUUCGUUGGCAGAGAAGCUGCAAUGACUACAACCACAUUUCCUUCAAGCGUUUCGAUUACGAAGUCGGUACCAGCGUCCUGGGAUGGGCCUUCCACUACUUCCCCUUCUACCUCAUGGCUCGUCAGCUCUUCCUGCACCAUUAUCUCCCGGCCCUCUACUUCGCCAUUCUGGUUCUUUGCCAGCAGUUCGACUUUGUCACCAACCGCAUUAAGUGCCUUGGUCUCGCUUCGAAGCCCGUGAUUGGCAAGGCUCUGAUGGCUGUCUUCCUGCUGCUCAGCAUUGCAGUGUUCACUCUUUACUCUCCGCUUGUCUACGGCAACCCCUGGACUCAAGGUGCUUGCCAGAAGGUGAAGCUCCUGAGUUCGUGGGAUUUCGACUGCAACACAUUCCACACCGACUUGAGCCAAUAUGUCACCGCAAUUGAUUCCCCCAUUGCUGUCCCGACCACCCAAUCCUCCCAGGCUCCUCCCGCACCUCCUGUCCAGGAACAGCAACAGCAACAGCAACAGCAGCCUGUCGAGCCUGUCGAACCUGUCGAGGAGCAGCAGGACCAGGCAGCCACGACUGAGCCUAAGAUAUCUGGGUCGAUGGCUCGCGUCGAAUACCGUGACCAGCACGGCAACGUUCUGCCCGAGACUCUCGUUGCCUCGCUCCGCGCAGAGGGGAAGGUCAAGUUUGAGACCCGCUACGAAUCCCUGGCGAGCCUCGAGAAUGCCCAGGAGGUUCCCAUCGUGGAUGGCAAGCCCCAGUUCCCCGAGCCUCAGGCUCCUCCACACCCCGAUGUCGAGGGUCAGAACCCCGAAACUGGUAGUUACCCCGAGGACUCGGUGCCGCCGGAGCGCCCUGCCUCUAUUGUUGAAGGUGAUAUCCAGUCCACUGAGGAACGCAAGGCUCCCCAGGCCAAGCCUGCGAGUGAAGGUAAUGACGCUACUCAAGGCACCGAGUAG